AUGAGAUGAAUAAAAAAGAGUAAGGGUUUAGGGUUUUAGCGAGGGAAGCAAUUGAGCAUCGUCCCAUUUCAUCCAUCCAUCCAUCCAGGUUCCUAAUUACUCUCUUAUUCACUCACUCUUUUUCCAUUGCUUAUACCCACGCGUACUAUGCAUUUAUUUAUCUUCUGUCUUUAUACUUCUCGAUUUUCUAGUAUGUAGUGUUUGCUUAAUGGCGAGAGGUUCUGCAACUAAAUUCAUUCGUCUCUGUUCAUCUCAAUCCUUUCUUUUUACCCCUACUUCGUACUACCCCUCUAAAUAUUCACACCCGUAUCUUUCUUCUUGUUAUAUUUCUCGAUUUUAUUCGGAUUUUGAUCCCCCAAAAUCCCAUCUUUUUCGACCCAGGCACUUGAUUGAUUUGCCCUUUUGUCAUAAUUAUUCUGAGUUGGGUUGUUUGUUGCAAAAGCAACCCUUUUCGUCGUCGGGGGGAAAUGAUGAGUCUAAGUCUGAUUCUGAUUUGGGUGAUUGUGUCGUGAAAAAUGAACCCUUUUCGUCGGCAGGUGGAAAUGAUGAGUCUAAUUGUGAUUUGGAUGUGGGUGGUGAUGUGGAAUUAGAGGGUACUGGUGAAACGAGUGAGGGGUUUGAAAAUGUUGCGAAUCGGGAUCCUGUGGAAAUUUACAAGGAACUUAAGGAUGCUUUGAAGGGUUAUAAGCAGACCCGGGAGGAGUGGGAUACAUUGACUGAGAUAUUUAAUUGUUUUUCGAGGUCGGGGUGGGCUUCUAAUCAGGCUCUUGCUGUGUAUAUUGGUUCUGCAUUUUUCCCUACUGCAGUGCACAAGUUUCGUGGUUUCUUUCUGAAGAGGUGUCAAGGGGAUGUUGUCAAGCACUUAGUUUCACUGGGUCCUGGUAAUGAGGCGGAGAGGUUUUUAUUUCCGAUCUUUGUUGAGUAUUGUUUGGAAGAGUUUUCUGGCGAGAUUAAGCGGUUUAAGGGUAUGAUUGAGUAUGCGGACCUAACUAAACCUCACACUUGGUUUCCCUUCGCAAGAGCGAUGAGACGAAAGAUUAUAUACCAUUGUGGUCCAACCAAUAGUGGCAAAACAUAUAAUGCUUUGCAAAAGUUUAUGGAAGCGAAUACGGGAAUUUAUUGUAGUCCUCUUAGGCUCUUAGCGAUGGAAGUGUUUGAUAAAGUCAAUGCUGCAGGGGUUUAUUGCAGUCUCCUAACUGGUCAAGAAAAGAAGAAGGUUCCGUUUUCAAAUCACAUUGCUUGUACUGUUGAAAUGGCUUCAACCGAGCAAUUGUACGAGGUAGCUGUUAUUGAUGAAAUUCAAAUGAUGGCUGAUUCCCAUAGAGGUUAUGCAUGGACAAGAGCCUUCCUUGGAUUAAAGGCUGACGAGAUUCACCUGUGUGGUGAUCCGAGUGUGUUGAAUAUUGUUCGAAAGAUUUGUAGUCAAACUGGUGAUGAACUUGUUGAACAACGUUAUGAGAGGUUCAAAAAGUUGGUGGUAGAAGCCAAAACCCUUUUAGGAGAUCUCAGGAAUGUGAGAUCUGGAGAUUGUGUUGUUGCCUUUUCCAGGAGGGAGAUAUUUGAGGUGAAAUUGGCAAUUGAGAAGUACACAAAACAUCGCUGCUGUGUUAUAUAUGGUGCAUUGCCACCAGAAACUCGGAGGAUGCAGGCCAACUUAUUUAAUGACCAAGAUAAUGAAUAUGACAUCCUGGUUGCUAGUGAUGCUGUAGGAAUGGGUUUGAAUCUUAAUAUUAGAAGGGUUGUCUUUUACACACUUUCUAAGUACAAUGGUGACAAAAUCGUUCCAGUUGCAGCCUCUCAAGUCAAACAGAUAGCUGGAAGAGCUGGGCGAAGAGGAAGUCGGUAUCCAGAUGGGUUGACAACAACUUUGCAUCUUGAUGAUUUGGACUAUUUAAUAAGCUGCUUGCAAAAACCCUUUGACGUGGUUACAAAAGUUGGUCUUUUUCCUUUCUUUGAGCAGGUUGAACUGUUUGCUGGGCAACUACCAAAGAUCACCUUCCCCAAGCUACUUGAAAAGUUUAGUGAAUCUUGUCGAAUGGAUGGAUCAUACUUUUUGUGCAAUCAUACUGGCAUAAAAAAAGUUGCUAAUAUGCUGGAAAGGGUUCAGGGAAUCUCUCUUGAAGAUCGUUUUAACUUCUGCUUUGCCCCAGUAAAUAUUCGAGAUCCCAAAGCAAUGUACCAUCUUUUAAGAUAUGCUUCUGCAUUUGCCAAAAACUUGCCUGUUGGCAUAGCAAUGGGCAUGCCAAAAUGCUCUGCUCGCAAUGACUCAGAACUCUUGGAUCUUGAGACCAAGCAUCAAGUAUUGUCCAUGUACUUAUGGUUGUCCAACCAUUUCAAUGAGGAAACAUUUCCAUAUGUAAAGAAGGCACAGGAUAUGGCAACUGAUAUUGCUGAUUUGCUGGGUGAAUCAUUAUUAAAUGCUUCCUGGAAACCAGAGUCGAGGAAUGCAGGGAAGUCAAAGCCUCAGCAAGAAAAGAAAGAGGGUUAUGAGAGGCAAAGGUCAAUCAUUAUAUCAAAAGAAAAGAAAAGACAUGAAAUGAACUUGGAAUCUCAGGAUAAUGUAGCUGCUUAGUGCUAUUGAAUAGAAUGUGUAGGUCUGAUGGGGACCUCGAAUAUUCAAAUACUUAUUUAGAGGUCUGUGUCAUAAUAUGAAAGUCGAGCUAGGUUAUUAAGUUGAUAUAAUGCAUUUUCACGGUUUUGCAAUGGUCUAAGUUUUUUUUUUUUUUUGAGUAGAUGCAGUGGUCUAAGUUUUUAAUCCUACAUCUUUUACAAUAUGUAACUUUCUUGAAUCUGUAUUAUUAUUUUUUUUAUUAUAAAAGAGGUACAGGUCUGGAUUUUGGCCUGGAUCCACGAUAAA